AUGUGUCCGAGCUGUUUUGAAGAAAGAUCUGCUGCCAUUGACCGAAUGCAACGUUACCAGCUGGGGGCGUUGUAUGCCAUUCAGAACGAAGAGGACAAAUCACGAGGUUUCAAUCGGCCUCAAGUUUACAGAUUUUAUGAUUUGUUGGAAAGAGAAAUUGAUGAGCAUGACAUUGAUCCAACAAGAAUCUACAAUAUGGAUGAAACUGGCAUUCGUGCAUCUGGUAAUAAACCUCCGAAAAUUUUGUCAAAAUCAGAGAAAAAACAGGUGGGUGUAAUUUCAAGCGCGGAAAGAGGAAAAUUGAUGACUGUUAUCCGCUGCUGCAACGCGGCUGGAUCUCUUACACCUCCAUUUUUUAUUUAUGGUAGAAAAAUAAUGGUUGGUAGAUUGUUAGAUGGAGCACCCCCUGGUUCCCUAGGUACUUACACUGACAACGGAUGGAUUAAUGGACCGAAAUUCCUAGAUUGGCUUCAUCAUUUCGUCGAGAACACCAGUCCAACUCCUGAGAAAGAACUAAUCUUAAUAUUAGAUAACAAUGAAUCUCACAAAUAUAUUGAGGCCCUUGAAUAUGCUAGAAAAAAUAAUGUGAUUUUUGAAUCGCUGCCCCCUCUUACAACUCAUCGUAUGCAACCUCUGGACAGUUGCGUUUAUGGACCGUUCAAAACUUACUUUGAACAAGAAGUUUCUACUUUUCAACGAUGCCAUUUGGGUAGAAUAAUCACUCAGUACGACGUAGCUUCAUUUGUUGGAAAAUCAUAUUUAAAAGCAGCUAGCGCACGAAAUGCUGUUCAAGGAUUUAAAUCCUCAGGAAUACGGCCCACGAACCGACACAUAUUUAGCGAUGCUGACUUUUUGCCAGCUAGUCUGGCAGACAGGGCUGAGGUUAUUGAAAACACCAACGAUAGUCCAUCUCAGAUCCAAUCUACUAAUGCUGGUCGUCUUUCUAAUAAUUCUAAUUGCUCUACUUCUACAUCUGUAUUUGAAAACAUGGAUCUCAAUUGCUCUCAAGCUUCAAGGAUUUCGCUACGACGCACAAACGGAGAAACUUCGUAUGAUCCAGCUGUUGAAGAUGAUCCUUCAUGUUCCACGACAACUAGUGACAAUUCAUUUCAACUAGUAGAAGAGCCAUUGACACCUCAUGUGAAGCCUUUGGAUAUUAGAUCACUACCAAAACCUACUCCGAACAAAACUAGUCGUAAACGUAAACCUCAAAGAGCUGAAGUCUUAAUAAGCUCACCAUUUAAAAAUAUGCAAAUAGAAAAGGAAGAAAAGAGGAAACGUCUUAGUAACAAUGCUGCUGUUAAAAAUUUUUUUAAAAAUCUUCCUCCGACAAGUAAACCAGGUUGA